UCAAAGCAAGGGAUGAAGCUUAUGUGUGUCUGUGUGUAGAGAGAGAGACAGAGAGACAGAGAGAGAGAGAGAGAGAGAGAGAGAGAGAGAGAGAGAGAGAGAGAGAGAUAGAGAGAUUUAAUGUCAGGCAGGCGCAGUAGCAGACUCCUAUAUCCGACACGGAGACGGACGGUGCCAGCUGCUAGCUAAGUUAGCUAUAGUAGACAGUUAACGUUAGCUACUAGCUUCAGAGUCUUAGCGCCUUUACUACACAUGAUAUAAGGGCUUGAGCAAGAGUGUGUGUGUGAUAGGGUGUGUCGACGCUUCAGUGCCCGUUUGGCCAUCCCGAAGUCACUUCGUGUGUUUGUGUGUACAUGUGUGUGAGUGUGUGCGUGCGCGAGUGAGUGUGUAUAAACUCCCCUAUUCCUCUACUGAGCAGUCAACAUCUCUGUGAUUGUGCGUGCGAGGUUAGCACCAAGUGAAGCAAACGCACACAUAAACACUGAUAGUCGACUGUCAACAUUCCGUGUCCGGUUACCAGCGGAUUCACAUCAUUUACUGACACCGACACAGCACCAGCAUGAUGUUGAAGUACACUAUAGUCCGAGGCGGCCUCGGCCUGUUGACCGUGAGGAGGGCGUGUCUUUCCCCCCGCUUCACCCACUCUGCCCCGAAGACUGAGUAUCGACCAAUCAAGAAAGUCAUGGUGGCCAAUAGAGGUGAGAUUGCCAUCCGUGUGUUUAGAGCCUGCACCGAACUGGGGAUUCGAACCGUGGCCGUCUACUCUGAGCAAGACACUGGACAAAUGCACAGGCAGAAGGCAGAUGAGGCUUACCUGAUUGGAAAAGGCCUGCCACCUGUUGCGGCAUACCUGGACAUUCCUGACAUCAUCAAAGUAGCCAAGAACAACAAUGUGGAUGCCAUCCACCCAGGCUACGGUUUCCUCUCCGAGCGGGCAGACUUUGCCCAGGCCUGCGCAGACGCAGGAGUGAUGUUCAUAGGACCAAGCCCAGAAACUGUCCGCAAGAUGGGAGACAAGGUGGAGGCUCGUUCCCUGGCCAUCAGUGCAGGUGUACCCGUGGUCCCAGGAACAGAAUACCCCAUCACCUGCCUGCAGGAUGCGCAGGUGUUCACCCAGACGUACGGCUUCCCCAUCAUCUUCAAAGCAGCUUACGGUGGAGGUGGUCGUGGCAUGAGGGUGGUCAGAGAGUACGAGGAACUUGAGGAGAAUUACCAGCGGGCCUACUCUGAAGCCCUGACGGCUUUCGGGAACGGAUCUCUGUUUGUUGAGAAGUUUAUUGAAAAGCCAAGACACAUUGAAGUACAGAUCCUCGGCGAUAAAUAUGGUAAUGUCAUCCACCUUUAUGAGAGAGACUGCUCCAUUCAGCGGAGACACCAAAAGGUUGUGGAGAUUGCACCUGCUUUCCAACUGGAUCCUCAUCUGAGAGACCGACUCCACGCUGAUGCUGUCAACCUCGCCAGACUGGUGGGCUACGAGAACGCAGGGACCGUGGAGUUCCUGGUCGACAGACACGGCAAACACUACUUCAUCGAGGUCAACUCUCGACUGCAGGUUGAACACACUGUCACCGAAGAAAUCACUGAUGUGGACCUGGUGCAUGCCCAGCUGCGUGUGUGUGAGGGCCGCAGCCUGCCAGAACUGGGCCUCAGACAAGACAAGAUCAGGGUCAACGGCUGUGCGAUUCAGUGCAGAGUGACGACCGAAGACCCGUCCAGAGGCUUCCAGCCAGACACCGGAAGGAUUGAGGUCUUCCGAAGCGGCGAAGGCAUGGGCAUCCGCCUAGACAGCGCCUCGGCCUUCCAGGGUGCGAUCAUUUCGCCCCACUACGACUCCCUGUUGGUAAAAGUCAUCGCCAGUGGAAAGGACCUGCAGAUGGCAGCUUCCAAGAUGAGCCGAGCCCUGGCCGAGUUCAGAGUGCGAGGGGUCAAGACCAACAUCCCGUUCCUCCAGAAUGUUUUUGCCAACCACCAGUUCCUCCACUCCACCGUGGACACCCAGUUCAUCGACGAGAACCAGGAACUCUUCAACCUCAAACCCACUCAGAACCGAGCCCAGAAAUUACUGCACUACCUGGGUCAUGUGAUGGUAAAUGGACCAACCACACCCAUCCCAGUCAAGGCUAAGCCUUCCUCCAUAGACCCUGUCAUCCCUCCUGGCAUUUUGGGCGACCCUCCGGUCGGUUUCCGUGACAUUUUGCUGCGCGAUGGUCCUGAGGGAUUCGCCAAGGCUGUCCGCGCCCACCAAGGUCUGUUGCUAAUGGAUACCACCUUCAGGGAUGCCCACCAGUCGCUCCUGGCAACCAGGGUUCGGACCCACGACCUGAAGAUGAUCUCACCAUUUGUCAGCCACAACUUCAGCAACCUUUUCAGCCUGGAGAACUGGGGAGGUGCUACCUUUGAUGUGGCCAUGCGCUUCCUGUCAGAGUGCCCAUGGAAGAGACUCCAGGAGCUUAGAGCUUUGAUCCCAAAUGUCCCAUUCCAGAUGCUGCUGAGAGGGGCCAACGCCGUGGGCUACACCAACUACCCUGACAACGCUGUCUUUAAGUUCUGCGAGGUGGCCAAGGAGAACGGCAUGGACAUCUUCCGCGUGUUUGAUUCCCUGAACUACCUGCCUAACAUGCUGCUGGGCAUGGAGGCUGCUGGAGCAGCAGGUGGCGUAGUGGAGGCUGCCAUCUCGUACACAGGCGACGUCUCUGACCCAAUGAGGCAGAAGUACUCUCUGGAUUACUACGUGAAACUGGCAGACGAGCUUGUCAAAGCCGGAACCCACAUCCUCUGUAUCAAGGACAUGGCCGGCCUGUUGAAGCCCGAGGCCAGCAAGCUUCUGAUUGGCUCUCUGAGAGACCGUUUCCCAGACGUACCCAUCCAUGUGCACACACACGACACAGCUGGAGCCGGAGUAGCCGCCAUGCUGGCCUGUGCCGAGGCUGGAGCUGACGUAGUGGAUGUGGCUGUCGACUCUAUGGCUGGGAUGACCUCUCAGCCCAGCAUGGGAGCCAUUGUGGCGUGUGCCAAGGGGACCAAGCUCGACACCGGCAUUGCUCUGGAGAAGGUAUUUGACUACAGUGAAUAUUGGGAAGUAGCCAGAGGCCUGUAUGCUCCAUUCGACUGCACUGCCACCAUGAAAUCAGGCAACGCUGAUGUCUACGAGAACGAGAUACCCGGAGGACAGUACACUAACCUUCACUUCCAGGCUCACAGCAUGGGACUGGGAAAUAAGUUCAAGGAGGUGAAGAAGGCCUAUACUGAAGCCAACAAACUACUUGGAGACCUCAUCAAGGUGACUCCAUCCUCUAAGAUUGUGGGUGACUUGGCCCAGUUCAUGGUGCAGAACAACCUGACCAGGGCAGAAGUGGAGGAGAGGGCCGAUGAGUUGUCCUUCCCUCUGUCUGUGGUCGAGUUCCUGCAGGGAUACAUCGGGAUACCACAUGGAGGAUUCCCCGAGCCGUUCAGAUCUAAGGUGCUGAAGUCCCUCACUCGUAUUGAGGGUCGUCCCGGCGCCUCUCUGCCACCCAUGGACUUCAAGGCCCUGGAGGUGGGACUCCGAGCUGCACACGGUGAUGAAAUCACCCCCGAAGAUGUGAUGUCAGCAGCCAUGUACCCCAAGGUGUUCCAGGAGUUCAAGGAAUUCACUGCUAACUUUGGUCCAGUGGACUGUCUGAACACCAGGCUGUUUCUGGACGGACCCAAGAUCGCCGAGGAGUUUGAGGUGGAACUGGAGAGAGGAAAGAUCCUCCACAUCAAGGCGCUGGCGCUGGGUGACCUGAACAAGGCCGGCCAGAGAGAGGUCUUCUUUGAGCUGAAUGGACAGCUGAGAUCUGUGCUGGUUAAAGACACUGUCGCCAUGAAGGAAAUGAAGUUCCAUCCCAAGGCUCAGAAGUCCAUCAAGGGUCAGGUGGGAGCACCCAUGCCUGGAAAAGUCCUGGAGAUCAAAGUGGAAGUGGGAUCCAAGGUGGAGAAGGGUCAGCCGCUGUGUGUCCUCUCAGCCAUGAAGAUGGAGACCGUGGUCAACUCCCCGGUGGCCGGUACCGUUAAGGUUGUCUAUGUCACCGCCGACACCUCCCUGGAGGGAGAUGACCUGAUACUGGAAAUCGAGGAGUAGUGUGAAAGAGGAGGGAGGGAGGGAGGUGAGGUUGAGGAAUAGGGAGGAUUUAAGACAUUUUGGCUCCCCAUUUGUACAUUUACGCUAGGGACACAAAAUGAAGCACAUAUCCAAACACCUGAAUGGUGUAAAUAGUAGAUAAUGACAAUCCUAAAUAAUAUAUUAAUUCCUUAUUGAAUUGAACCACAAAUGAAACAAUUUAGUUCCCUAGGUGUGGUGAUUAGGUCAAAACAGUACAUAUAUUAAUGUCCUGUCAACUUGUGUAAAAUAACAUAUUUUAGAAAGACAUUCCAUUAAGUAAAUGCUAGUCUUAAACGUGAUGAGCUAACCAUAUAACACUAACAGGUCUACUUGCAAUAAAAUGCCACAAUUUCCAUUUCUAUGCUGUUGGUGUUGCCUAAUAUAUUUAGAGUGCGUAGGUGAAACUUUAUAUUAAUGACUACUUAAUCAGCAGGGUUCAGACAGAAAAGAAUAGACUUGAGGAUCAUCAAAUAGAAACAAUAUUUUUGUAGCAUGCAAGACAUUAUCAAUCUCUCACAUUAGUUUCACUGGUAGCAUUUAAACUAGCUUUUUUUCAUAGUUAAAACAAAGUAAACAUGUUUACCCAGGGGGCUAAAGAAAAUAAAUCACAAUCUUUUUGUCCAACCUUUUAAAAAUAUUUUCACAAGAAGAGUAGCACAACAGAAAAACCGUAUGUUACUGUAUCAGUAAUAGUAGAUGGUUUAUUCUUUGAAAGAUCUAUGCUGGUGUUAAAUGUUUCCCCAUUUUCACCUGUCUUUAUAAUCCCUAAACCAUAAAUAGUGACAUUGUUGAAAUGAAGCUGUAGGCCAUGUUGGAGACACCAAACAGGAUUAGAGAUGUGAUUUGUGUUUUUACAAAGUACCUCUGUUAUAGUUGGUUUACAUGUGGCCCACGUGGAUCAUUUUCAGAGGUGUAAAGUCAGAGUCUUGAGGUGUCUCUGGUGUGAUGUUAGAAAAGUUGUCAGUGGAGCAGCUCCAGGCAGGCAGCGAGUAUGGUGAAUGGUCUUCUGAAUUUAUGGGGAUUUUAAUGCUAGGUGCAAAAGGGAUUACAUGGUGGCGUAUUGGAGGCAUGUGGCAUUUUCUGAGGCUCCACUGAUUGAUUUAUGAAUUAAUUCUGCCCAAUGAUGUGAAAUUAGCUUGACUAAUAAAAGACUCUGGAGACUUCUAGUAGCCGCACUCAGCUUUAUAUUUCUAGUGUGUGUGGGAGGGCAAAUUUUUAAGACUAAGUCAUCCAGAGCUGAGAACACAGUCUAAAUCUUCAUACACACUGAUGCAAAAAUAUUCACGCUUACACUCCCAGCCCUUGAGUGCUGCCUGGAUCAAAAGCAAACCAAGCCAAAUACACCUCACUGUGGUAUGGUUAUCUCCAAAAUAUUUAACAGCAAUGCAGCGGCACCCUUACUCAGCUGUCAGAUGAUCUAGCUAUGCCAGGCCUUUUAAUCUAGUUGAAGGUCUUGAACCUGAAAGUGAUCUAUGCUGAAUUGAAUGUUUAGCCACCCUGACCAGUGAAAGUAGACAGGAAAAAUUGCCUAGUUCACAUAUCAAAGUAGGAAAGGAAGGGUCACAAUCUGUUUGUAAUACAGUGAAUGAAGUGUUUGGGACAGUGAGACAGAAAAGACCCUACAACAGGUCCCUUUCCCAAAACGAGUGGGCAGCUGUGACCGAAUACAUUAAGCAAAACACAAAAAUUGAAGUUUGUACUUGGCUGGAUUGUUUUCAGCAUUUGUGCUCCAUUACCUCCCAGAAUGAGUCCCCUUUUGAACUAUGCAUCAAUACUGAGCAGUGAUGCUGCAGUUAAUUAGAACACCAAUAUUUCUCCUCACUCACCCCUGUUCACUAUAGCCCCUGCUUUUAUCAAUCUGUAAAUCUUUUGAACGAGAUGUAGUUGAACUAAGGGAUUGUAUGAAUGUGUGUUUUUGACAAGCUGUUGCACAAUAAUGUAAAGUUCCCUCCUCCUCUUCUCCUUAUUGGCUGUCCUUGUCUAGCUGCUUUUCCUGCCUCAUCCCUCCAUUCCCCUUUCCCUUCUCUCAACAGUGUAAAUUUGCACAUGUAAGAUGACCGCAUCAACUCAUGCGAUAAUGUAAACUGUAUCGCUCUGUUUCUAUGUCUUAGCCAGCAGUGAAUAUAACACAAUGCUUACGACAAUGUACUACUCUUCAGUGUCUUGGGGGAAAAAAAGAAUAAAUUGGAGAAAAAGUA